AUGGCAUUCAAGCAACCUGUCUCUGAAGAGUGUAGGGUUGCUACUAAUUAUGUGGCAUCUUUUGAGCUGCACAUCAGUGAUGCUUAUUUAUCUAUGCUUGUCUCACCUCUGUCCCAGGCCUAUUCUUAUCCUUUAGACUCAGUAGAACCUAUUUUUUCUGGAUUCUUUGAAGACCAAGCUGAAUUGAAAAGGGAACAUGGAAAGCAAUUCCUAAAAUAUCUAGUAGGACGUGGAAAUACCAUCUGUCUUCCUGUGAUUAAGCGGCCUGAGGUCGAUAACUGGCAAACCGGCAUAAAAGCUCUGGAGUAUGCUCUGGAAUUGGAGAACCAGUUAAGCCAGCUCCUGAUAGACCUGAAGACCAUAGCUUCUGCCGACAAUGACAGUCAUCUCUUGAACUUCAUGAAAAGGUUCCUGGAUAAACAGAGGAAGGACAUAAACCACCUGCAACACCAUAUUGUAUAUUAUAACAUAUUAGAAAAGGAGGCCCAGAAGCAGGAAGAAUUAUUGAAAAAGGCUGCUGAAAAAUAGCCUGUUGGAUAAAUGGACCCAACAUCUGAGGGCACCAAAGCAAGUCUUCCCAUUGCAGGCAUUCCCCAAAUCAGCAAUUUAAAGAUCUUAAUCUUCAUUUGACAGAAGACUGCAUUCCUUCAUUGUGUGUACAAUUAAAU